AGAUAUUCCAGUGAAAACAGAUUAUUGUUAUAAAAUGGGAAAGUUUUUUUCUGUUAUGGAUGUUUAAAAGACCCAGUUGGUUUUGUUUCCAAAGUUCCUGCAGCAGUAAAAUCAUCUGGUUCCUUCAGGAAUCAUCAAAUGCUUUUAAUCAAAUAAAAGCGACUUUAUUAAUCCCUCGUCAGGCUGAAAGCUUCGACUCCCUCUUUCCUGAUGAAAUCAUAGAAAGCUGAAGUUUCACCAAUGUUGAAUUUUAUUUCUGUUUUUUUUCCUUAAUGGUCGGUUCUGAUGAAACACGUUUUCACACCCUGACCUUCAUUUGAAUGAUUUUUGAUUUCUCCUUCAGUAAGAGGACCAGUGAGUCUAGAGAUUUAAUCCUUCAUUUUCUCCUGGGUUUCCUCAUUUUUAUCACCUUAAUGUUUGCAGAUAAUCAAAUCAUCUUUAUUACAGGCAGUUUUCAUGAUUAUUUCAUUUAUUAGGAGAAUAAAAAUCAAUCCACUGCUGAUCUAAACAAAAUAUCUUUUAUAAUAGUUAAACUAUUAAGAUUUAAAUUCAGAUAUAAUCAAGCAAUUUCAGCUACUUUAUGUUCUACUGAUAGCAUUAAGCUAACCUUAUCAUUUUAGCUAAUACACUAAUGUUAGCAUACUGAGUGGAGUAAGUCAGUGUUGCACAACAUGCUAGUGAUAACUUGCAUCCUACUGAUAGCGUCAACAUGCUAGUGACUCUGUGUGCUAGUGAUAGCCCUCAUGCUAACGUUAGCAUUAUAGCUAAAAUAAGCAUUUUGGCUGAGAGACUAAGGAUUUUAGCUCAUUUUUUAUGUAUUGCUCACAUUUAGCAUACUGAAUGCAGUAUGUCAAUGUACAUCCACAUGCUAGUGAUGCUACUUAAGCUAACCUUACUAUUUUAGCUAACUUUUUUAUCAUCAGUACGCUGGAUUCCAGCGUACACACACUGUGGCAGGAAGCCUUGGACUGCUCAUUUCUUCAGAAAAGUUGUAGUUAUUCUCUGCAGUCCAGUGUAAAACCAAAGCCCUGAAGAACUUCUGGAGUUGUCGCCUCUCAUAAAAGUUAGUCUUGGUCUUAAAGGCGGCAGAGCUGGAACUUUAAUCUGCUUUCUGCUCUGCCUGCAGGAGUUUUCCUUCUCCAUCAGGAGCGACGCUGGUUUCCCUGAUUAAAAAACAAGCUGAGCCUCUGAGGUUAUCUGGUUGUCGAUGCUUUAGAGCGAGACGUAGAUCUGCUGAUUAGAUGCUGAUUACAUCAACAGUUGCUGGUGUUUAUGAAGAUGAUCAAUAUUUAAUCUGUUUGUCUACAGAGCUCCAGCUUCUGCAGAUGAAACAUUUUCUCUUGACUGGAAUCUGGAGCUGAAUGAACAAGUUAUGAAUUAUAGAAGAUCAAUAACUAGAAAUGUAAUUUCUGUGCUUCCAGUUUCUGGUUUGCAUGAAUUACUGCAUCAAUGCGGCAUGGCAUGGAGGAGAUCAGCCUGCGGUUCUGGAGCCUUCAGAUCUGGGCCGGUUUGGGGUUUUACGUUGUUUUGGGCUGGAAACGGCCAGAACUGGCAACCUGAGCAUGUUGACCCGGGCACCAAACGGGCUAGGACCGCCCCUGCGUGCAUGGGGUUUCCACAGGAAGCUCUAAAAGAGGCAGACCCGCACCAGCUGCGCCCAGACGCGUCUCCUGCUGUUUGUCCCCUCUCCGCCUCCGUCUCUCCGGAGCGCCACCAUGCGCUCCUUCAACGCCACGCAGCGGAACCUCAGCGGGACCGCCAACCACUCCGACCCGUUCGGGCGCAACGAGGAGGUGGCCAAGCUGGAGAUCACGGUGCUGAGCCUGGCGUUCGCGGCGGCGGUGGCGGGGAACCUGAGCGUCCUGCUGGCCAUGCUGCGCAGCCGCAGAAAGCUGUCGCGCAUGCACCUGUUCAUGAAGCACCUGAGCCUGGCCGACCUGGUGGUCGCCUUCUUCCAGGUGCUGCCGCAGCUCUGCUGGGAGGUCACCUUCCGCUUCUACGGGCCGGACUUCCUGUGCCGCAUCGUGAAGCACCUGCAGGUUCUGGGCAUGUUCGCCUCCACCUACAUGAUGGUGAUGAUGACCGUGGACCGCUACGUGGCUAUCUGCCACCCGCUGCGCAGCCUGCAGCAGCCCACGCAGCGCGCCUACAUUAUGAUCAGCUGCAGCUGGGCGUGCAGCCUGUUGCUCAGCUCCCCGCAGUACUUCAUCUUCUCCCUCAGCGAGGUUCGGCCCGGUUCGGCCGUCUACGACUGCUGGGGUCACUUCGUGGAGCCGUGGGGGCUGCGCGCCUACAUCACCUGGAUCACGGCGGGGAUCUUCCUGGUUCCGGUGGCCGUGCUGGUGUUCUGCUACGGCUUCAUCUGCAGGACGAUCUGGAGGAACCUGAAGGGCAAGACGCGCAGGAAGAGCGCGGCGGCGGGCGGUUCGGCGGCGGGCGGCAGGUCCGGGAUCCUGGGCAGGAACUCCGUCAGCAGCGUCUCCACCAUCUCCCGCGCCAAAUUACGCACCGUCAAGAUGACUUUCGUGAUCGUGGUGGCUUACGUGGUUUGCUGGGCUCCGUUCUUCACCGUUCAGAUGUGGUCCGUUUGGGACGAAACCUUCUCCUGGCACGACUCGGAGAACCCGGCGGUGACGCUGUCCGCCCUGCUGGCCAGCCUCAACAGCUGCUGCAACCCCUGGAUCUACAUGAUCUUCAGCGGCCACCUGCUGUCGGACUUCCUGGGCCUGCUGCCCUGCUGCCGCCGGCUGCGGGACCGGCUGCGGCAGCAGGACUCGGACAGCAGCAUCCGGCGCACCACGCUGCUGUCCCGCCUGCAGGCGCCGCGCCCGUCCGACCUCAACUUCACCUUCAAAAACUGUCCGCCGGCCACAGCGGCGUCCUGACUGCAGACACGCCCGACCGCCGACCUCAACCCAGGGAGCUAAAGGAGAGCUUGGUUCGGUCCAAACGGGGAACGUUCACUUCCUGUUGUGGGUUAAGCAGCUCUUUUCAUAAUGGCUUUGUUAAAGCAGCAGUAUCAUAUAAAAUCUACUUUUUGAACUUUCCAUCAUGUUUUAAUGUUUUUCCCUGAUCUAAAGCAAGUCUGGAGUGUUGCUUUGAUUCGUUCA